AUGUCCCCCACGUGCCACAGAGACCAGGAUGAACCCCAUACAGAGACAAAAGCAAAUUGCCCUCUACUGUCAGAUCCCAACCCUGUUGCUACGAUUUCCAACCAUGCAGGUCCAAGUAUUAAGCCAUCUUCCCCAUAUAAACAUUUUAUUCGCGACCCAAACCAUCAGAUCCUCGUCCUGGAAGGCGGCACCCUGGUGGCGGUUCCAGACAAGUGCGGCAGACGUGGAGAGGUCUUUUAUGUGUCAGCCUUACCCAUGAGAACACUCAGGAGUGCAAAGGCAAAUCGGAUUACUUUGGCCGUAUGUAAGGGAAAACGCUUCCUCUGCUGCAGAAAAUCAAAGUGCCCCUCAUUAGAAUUAAAGAAAAUGAGAGAUUUGUCGAACCUGAGCUCUAAGAAGGUCCUGCCCUUCACCUUCCUGAAGGAAAAGGCUGGCUCCUACUACACCCUGGAAUCAGCUGCUAAUCGAGGGUACUUUAUCUGCACCUGCAGUACACCCCGGCAACCUGUAGGGAUGACGAAGGAGCUGGGGAAACAGAAAAACACCCACUUUGAAUUUGUAAGUGCCAAUGUGGAUGUCAGUGAGUUUGAAGACUGA